UAGAGUCAAAAACUAUAUCUACUUGUGUUUAUUGCAAGUUAAAGGGGUGAUUGUGAUACAGAGAAACUAACGAGUCGGACCAUAUCAAUGUUCUCAAUUAGAUGUUCAGUCUAGAAAAUGUAGCUCUAUGACUUGAGGUUGCCAACAACGCACACGCGACGUAUGCACGAAAACGUCCCAUCCCACUGUAGUCAUAAUUUGCAGCUAGCAAUCCAAGCUAGCUAGUUAUCCGAAGAUGGCGGCUUGUAGACGUGUUCCUCUUCUGCUUUUGAUGUCUGUCUUUUUGUAUAUGCAUCCCAUUCUAGGACAGAAAUCGGGGAACAGUGUAAUCGCCAAUACUGCAGUUAGGGUUAAUAUUCAGGCUCAAAAUCAAGCCGCAGUUCCGGCUGCUGUAAAUGGAGGUUCUCCAGUCGUCGCGGCCUCGCCACCUCGUAGACGCACCAGCGGCUGGAAGCUGGCCGAAGAGGGGGCUUGUCGGGAGGACUUGACCAGGCUUUGUCCAAAACAUUCCUGGAACAAUAACCUGGCUGUGCUUGAGUGCCUCCAGGAUAGGAAAGAGGAAACCGAGAUCGCCGCUGACUGCAACCAUCUCCUGUGGAACUACAAGCUGAACCUGACGACUGACCCCAAGUUUGAGUCUGUGGCUGUGGAGGUGUGCAAGACCACCAUCUCUGACAUAAAAGAAUGUGCGGCAGAGGAGAGAGGAAAGGGCUACCUGGUUUCCUGCCUGGUGGAUCACCGCGGCAACAUCACGGAGUACCAGUGCAACCAGUACAUCACCAAGAUGACCAGCAUCGUGUUCAGCGACUACCGCCUCAUCUGUGGCUUCAUGGACAAUUGUCGCGAGGACAUCAACAGCCUGCACUGUGGCAGCAUAUCCACCGGCGAGAAGGACGUGCACUCCCAAGGUGAGGUGAUAGCAUGCCUGGAGAAGGGUCUGGUCAGGGAGGCAGAGGAGCAGCCCGGGACCCAUGCCAUCAGGCCUGACUGUAAGAAGGCCAUCAUGCGUGUGGCUGAACUCUCCUCAGACGACUUCCACCUGGAUAGAUACCUCUACUUUUCCUGCCGGGAGGACCGGGAGCGCUUCUGUGAAAAUACUCCAGCCGGAGAGGGCAGAGUCUACAAGUGUCUCUUCAACCACAAGUUUGAGGAGGCCAUGUCUGAAAAGUGCAGAGAGGCCCUGACCACUCGUCAAAAGCUGAUUACCCAGGACUACAAGGUGAGCUACUCCCUGGCCAAGGCCUGCAAGACAGACCUGAGGAAGUACCGCUGCAGCGUGGACACCAACAUGCCCCGCGCCCGCGAGGCACGCCUCUCCUACCUGCUGCUCUGUCUGGAGUCUGCCGUACACAGAGGUCGUACGGUGAGCGGUGAGUGUCAGGGGGAGAUGUUAGACUACAGGAGGAUGUUGAUGGAGGACUUCUCUCUGAGCCCUGAGAUCGUGCUGCACUGCCGUGGGGAGAUCGAGGCCCACUGCUCCGGCCUCCACCGCAAGGGACGCACCCUGCACUGCCUCAUGAGGGUGGGCCGAGGAGACAUGGGCACCAUCGACAACCUCUGCCAGAAAGCUCUCCAGACCCUGAUCCAGGAGGCUGAUCCUGGGGCAGACUACCGUAUAGACCGGGCCCUGAACGAGGCUUGUGAGUCUGUCAUCCAGACUGCCUGCAAACACAUCCGCAACGGAGACCCCAUGAUCCUGUCUUGUCUGAUGGAGCACCUGUACACUGAGAAGAUGGUGGAGGACUGUGAACACAGGCUGCUGGAACUGCAGUACUUCAUAGCACGGGACUGGAAACUGGACCCCAUCCUCUAUAAGAAGUGCCAGGGUGAUGCCUCCCGCCUGUGCCACGCCCACGGCUGGAACGAGACAAGUGAGAUGAUGCCACCUGGUGCCAUCUUCUCCUGUCUGUACCGCCACGCCUACCGCACAGAGGAGCAGGGACGGCGGGGAAAUGCAGUGGAUGAAACAGGAAGACAUGUUUUCGUUCUGUCCCGGGACUGUAAAGUGGAGGUGCAGCGUAUCCUCCACCAGAGGGCGCUGGAUGUGAAGCUGGACCCCGAGCUGCAGAGACGCUGUAUGACUGACCUGGGGAAGUGGUGCAGUGAGAAGACGGAGUCUGGACAGGAACUGGAGUGUCUACAGGACCACCUAGAGGAGCUGGUGUCAGAGUGCAGGGAUGUGGUGGGCAACCUGACUGAACUGGCGUCUGAGGACAUUCAGAUUGAGACCCUGCUGAUGAGAGCCUGUGAGCCAGUCAUCCAGUCGCACUGUCACGAGGUGGCAGAUAACCAGAUCGACACGGGGGAUCUGAUGGAGUGUCUGGUGCAAAACAAACACCAGAAGGAGAUGAACGACAAGUGUGCUGUGGGAGUCACACAUUUCCAACUGGUCCAGAUUAAGGACUUCCGUUUCUCCUACAAGUUUAAGAUGGCCUGCAAAGAGGAUGUGCUCAAACUCUGCCCCAACAUCAAGAAGAAGGUGGAUGUAGUGCUCUGUCUAAGCACCACGGUGAGGAACGACACUCUUCAGGACGUCAAGGAGCAGCGCGUGUCUGUCAAGUGUCGUAAGCAGCUGAGGGUGGAGGAGCUGGAGAUGUCUGAAGAUGUCCGUCUGGAACCUGAGCUCUACGACUCCUGUAAGCAGGACAUCGGGAGGCUGUGCCAGAACGUGGCCUUCGGGAAUGCCCAGGUGAUAGAAUGUCUGAAGGAGAACAAGAGGCAGCUGACCCAGCGCUGUCACCACAGGGUGUUCAAGCUGCAGGAGGUAGAGAUGAUGGACCCAGAGCUGGACUUCCAACUCAUGAGGGUCUGCAAGCAGAUGAUUCGGCGGUUCUGUACUGAGGCUGAUGCCAAGAACAUGCUGCAGUGCCUGAAGCAGAACAAGAACAGCGAGCUGAUGGACCCCAAGUGUAAACAGAUGAUCACAAAGAGACAGAUCACACAGAAUACAGACUACAGGUUGAACCCAGUGCUGAGGAAGUCGUGUAAGGCUGACAUCCCUAAAUUCUGCCAAAGCAUCCUGAACAAGGCUACAGGAGACAGUGAGCUGGAGGGGCAGGUUGUCUCCUGCCUCAAACUCAAAUAUGCAGACCAGCGUCUGUCUCCAGACUGUGAGGACCAGAUCAGAGUGAUCCUACAGGAGUCAGCUCUGGACUACAGACUGGACCCACAGCUGCAGAUUCACUGCACUGAUGAGAUCUCUCGGCUGUGUCCAGAGGAGGCUGCGGCCCAGGAGCAGACCGGUCAAGUAGAGGAGUGUCUUAAAGUCAACCUCCUCAAGAUCAAAGUGGAGGGCUGCAAGAAGGAGGUUCUGAACAUUCUGAAGGAGAGUAAAGCAGACAUCUUUGUGGACCCUGUCCUCCACACGGCCUGCGCUCUGGACAUCAAGCACCAGUGUGCUGCCAUUCCACCAGGACGAGGGCGCCAGAUGUCCUGUCUGAUGGAGGCUCUGCAGGACAAGAGGGUGCGUCUGCAGCCAGAGUGUAAGAAGAGACUGCAGGACCGCAUCGACAUGUGGAGCUACGCUGCCAAGGUGGCCCCGGCUGAAGGCUUCUCGGACCUGGCCAUGCAGGUGAUGACCUCACCCUCCAAGACCUACAUCCUGGCUAUGAUUGGCCUGAGCGUGUGCAUUCUCUUCCUGUUUGGCCUGCUGUGUGGCCGCAUGACCAAGCGAUUAAUGCAGGAGCAGAAGGACAGGUAGAGAGAGGGACCACAGAACCAGGACAGGGCCCUCACUCAACAUAGCCCCAGCUGCCCUGACCUUAGCCUGGCUCUAUGUACAAACAUCUCCUUUUUAUCCUCCUCUUCUGCCUCCUCCACAUCCCUCCCCGAGACCGGCUUCUAGGGGGAGCCAGCCAUUCGAGCUUCUGUCAUCAUUGCUAUGCUGUCAGAGGGCCACGUAGGGUGCGGGCCUAGAUUACCCAGUCGACCCUAUAAUAGUUGGUUUCACUGGUGUGAGAGUGGACAUGCCCCGACUGUGAGACCGACUCAUAACCCCUCCACCAUCUCCACUCCAGUGUCUGACUGAUGUUCUGAAGUUAUACAGGAGACUUCUAGAAGGAUGCUGCCGCCACCUGUUUGUCCUCCAUCGCUCCACUGCUAACCAGCUAACGCUAACAGACCUGUACCGUCGGGCGGCCCAGUAAGGCCUGCCCGAUGGGGCAUGAGCAAAAAUUCUGGAGUCUGCUUUUGGUUUCUCUUGCAGUGGUUUUCUUUUUUGCUUUAUCUCAUUUAGAGGUAAUAUUUCUUUACAGAUGUUUUCUGUGGGGGGGUCAGUGGGGUAGAAGGUGGGGUGGCUUCACAAUAAACAGUAAGAGUUAUGUGAGAGAGACAGAAUGUCUCCAUACUAAUGUUCUUCCCGAGAGGCUUUCAAUGAUUUCAGUACUGAUACAUUGCUUUUAGUGUGAGUGGUUGUGAGAAUGAAAGUGUGUGUGAAAUGGGUGUUAACUGUUUUUCUAUUACAUUGUUGUUCUUCUCCUGAGAGGGCAGUGGGGGGGGUUGACUGACUUCAGGUUGCCCAUGUUUAUUACAUUCACUGAUUUGCCAUGAGACUGCCAGGUGUGAACUGUCCUCCACCAACUGAGCCGCAUAGGAGAGGAGUCACACAGCCUACAGUAUAUUAGAUCAGUUGUACACUUAUAAUAACUGAUGAUAAAUAAUAUUGAUUCCUCAAUUUGUGAUUAUACUGACAGACCUGGCAGUGUAUCAUAGAUGGCUCCAGUGCCAAUGCUAACCGAAUGGGUGGUAUGGUAGAGAAACGGUUAGCAUUGACCAGAUGGCUGGACAUCCAGUUGAGUAGUCUCACACAUUUCUCUCAAGGUACUCAGAGUUAAUAAUGGGCAUUUCAAAGUUGGAGAGCUGGGUCUAGGUGGUCUGAUUGGACACAACACUGGUGACAGACGGUGCAGGAAGAUAUGUUUAAUUUUGAACACUAACAUUUCCAUAGCUUCCCAUGUAGCAGAUUUAAGCCAAGGGUAUCUAGUGGCGUUAGGAUGGUGGUAGAAGGGGUCAAGAACAAUGCAAAAAAAUAAAGACAAGUGCUUAUAGAGAAGUUUUUGUUUGAAAUUAUACUGGAACCAUUGCACAUUUGUAUGUUAUUUUAGUUAUAUAUGCACAGUACCAGUCAAAUGUUUGGAAACAUACUCAUUCAAGUAUUUGUCUUUAUUUGGACUUUUCUACGUUGUAGAAUAAUAGUGAAGACAUCAACUAUGAAAUAAGUGUAGUAACCAAAAAAAAAAAAUCAAAUUCUAUAUUUGAGAUUCUUCAAAUAGCUACCCUUUGCUUUGAUGACAGCGUUGCACACUCUUGGCAUUUUCUCAACCAGCUUCACCUGGAAUGCUUUUCAAACAGUCUUGAAGGAGUUCCCACAUGCUGAACACUUGUUGGGUGCUUUUCCUUCACUCUGGUCCAACUCAUCCCAAACGAUCUCAAUUGGGUUGAGGUCGGGUGAUUGUGGAGGCUAGGUCAUCUGAUACAGCACCCAAUCACUUUCCUUGGUCAAAUAGCCCUUACACAUCCUGGUGGUGUUUGGUAAUUGUCCUGUUGAAAAACAAAUGAUAGUCCCACUAAGCGCAAACCAGAAUGGAUGGCGUAUCGCUGCAUAAUGCUCUGGUAGCCAUGCUGGUUAAGUGUGCCUUGAAUUCUAAAUAAAUCACUGACAGUGUCACCAGAGAAGCACCAUCACACUUCCUCCAUGCUUCACGGUGGGAACCGCACACCCGUUCCCCUACUCUGCAUCUCACAAAGACACAGUGCUUGGCACCAAAAAUCUCACAUUUGUACAGGCCAAAGGACACAUUUCCUCUGGUCUAAUGUCCAUUACUUGUGUUUCUUCGCCCAAGGAAGCCUCUUCUUAUUGGUGUCCUUUAGUAGUAGUUUCUUUGCAGGAAUUUGACCGCAAAGCACACCUAUUAAUUGAAAGGCAUUCCAGGUGACUACCUCAUGAAGCUGGUUGAGAGAAUGCCAAGUGUGCAAAGCAGUCAAGGCAAAUGGUGGCUACUUUGAAGAAUCUCAAAUAUAAAAUAUAUUUUGAUUUAACACUUUUUUUUGGUACUACAUGAUUCUAUAUGUGUUAUUUUAUCAUUUUAUUGUCUUCACUGUUAUUCUACAAUGUAGAAAAAAGUAAAAAUAAAGAAAUCCUUGAAUGAGGUGUGUCCAAACAUUUGACUGGUACUGUAUAUUGUUUGGUCCUAGCCUUAUUUAUUUGUUUACUAAUGGUCAAAGUUUGAGUCCUUUUUUGAUUUGAAUGUUCUCUUGUUGCCUUUUCUCCAGAGCCCCACAGUGGUGUCAAAAUACUCGUAAAGCCUAGUGGUCAAACAGGGAAAUGGUUUCAAUUAUUUUUUUCACAUGGGAUUUUUAGAAACACUUAAAUAAGGGCUGUGUUUCAUGUAAUCUUACCCUGGCGUGACGUUUGGAUAAGCGUAUAAAUCUCAAUCCGACAAGGUGACUUAGCAAUAUAUUCGACUCUAUUUACUCUGAAUCGAAAAUGCAAAUUAGCAUAAAAGUAGACAUCAUGCAGAACUACAAAUCCCUGCUGACACCUUUGCUAACAGGUAUUGUGUCAAUUUAAAUCUUGCACAAGACAAUAUACAGAAUUAUCCAUUUAAAACAAAGUAGCCAAUUUGUUCAUUACAACAUUUAGUUAACAUUGGAUAGUUAAUCCAGGGCUUUUUACCUUUGCCUCAUUUUGGCAAUUCUGCAUGUUUACUUUUAUGCUAAUGAGCAUUUUCUAAUCAGAGUAAAUGGAGCUGACUGUUGAUAAAAGUCACCUUGUUGGAGACCGAUUUACAUGGUUAUCAAAACGUCAUGCCAAGGUAAGCCUACAUGAAACACAGCCCUUAUGUUCAGUGUUUCUAAAAUUGAAUAGAAAAAAUGAAUGGUUGGGAAACGAUUGGAACCAUUUCCUCGUUUGACCACUAGGUUUUAUGGGUAUUACGACACAUACUGUGGUACUCUAUUGCCUGUAUAGCCAAGGGCUUUCACCUUCGAGUGAAGCCUGGGAGCUGAGGGUGGUGGUGGAGGGGGGCUUGGUGUUGUCACUCCAGGAGCUUCUUUCCUCAGUGCGGGAAUGAAUUCUGUCUGCUGCCAUUUUUGUUUCAGUUAUUACUCAAAAGUACUUAUUCAGUUGGGACUUAAACUUUAACCAAUCCAGUCAGAGGAAAGCCCUCUCAACGAGAAGAGUUCAAAGGCAUUUUCAUGAUGAUGAUUCAACAAUCAUUUUCGCAAAACAAACUGUAAUGCCAUGUAAAUGGGAUUUGAGUAGUUUUUCUCCUAUUGCUACUAUGUCAUUGCCUUGUUCUUGAAUUGGUGUGAGUCCUUCCUUCCUUCCUUGCUUGUAAAAACAGUUGAUAAUUUGACUUGUAAAAUGGACUGCUGUCAUGCUCAAAGGUAGAUUGGUCAAUGCGUGCCUACUCUGACAAUCCCAGAUAGUGUUCCUUCAUGUAUGUACAUAAAGUGUGUGUGUGUGUGUAAGAUAGGGAUCCUUCAUGUAUGUACAUAGUGUGUGUAUACAUAUACCACAGGCCCCUGGCCCACUCCUAACACCCCUUCAAACUGAGCAAAGGUGUGUAUGUGCACCCCUCAAAGCGGUUAUACCCCAACUUGGGAGAGGGGUAACCUUCUAACAGACGCCUAGAAGAGAUCUCAUGGCUUUUUUUUAUUUUUACAAGCACUCCUCUCUUGUGCUAUCCAGACUGCAUUAAAUACUGUUGAGUCGUUCUACUGUUGCUUACUGUUAUUUCUGUCAAAAGCUUUCAUCAAGUCAAAAUGAAAUGAUAACUUUAACAAUGACUAUAACAUGAUUUAAGAUGAUGAUAAAAAUGUUUUGUAAUAUGUGUUUAAAUUUCCGGAGGUCCUUUGCUUUCAUCUCUGAUUAUGCCAUGUACUUGAGAUGUAACCGAAUAACGUAUUUCCCUGGUUUAGGUUUUUGUUCUGUACAGAUGAAGUUGGAGAAUUUGUUAAUAAAGACUGCAGGUUUUUA